AUGGAGACGCAGCCCAAAGCUCUGAAUAUCGACACUUUGUCCAAAUCCGACGAGAAAUUAUCGUCUUCCUUUAUACCGAGAUAUCAUACUUUGGAGACCUCCGUCAAGCAAGCUUCAUCAAGUCAGACAGAUUACAUUAGUAAAGGCCGGGUAUUAGCUGAAAAUAAUGGACUCGAAAAUGUUAUGAAAUGUAACUACCCAGGUAAAAGCGAAACAAUGAACUUACCGAGAUCAUCUUCUAUGGAACUACCUUUUACAGAAUCAUUCGAUACAAAAUUGAAUGAUACUGAAUUAGCGCGAUCAAUAUUAAACAUCACAUUCAAGCAGAAAUUCUUCUCUGAACUUCUUCAAGAGUACAUUCAGGCGAUUGAAAGCGAUAAUAAAUCGAAAAAUUAUGAAGAGCCGUACUCUGCGAAAUCGUCUACAGCAGAAUCAUCCUUUACGGAACUAUUGAAUGUAAUAAGAAACAAGACAAAAAAUGUUCCCGAAUUGAAAUUCAAACAUUUGUCAGAAAUAAGAAAAAUUUACGAUCAGAUCAUAGUUACGCAAACAAAAGUGAAGAUGGAAGAAACGUUUUUCUACAUGAUUCGUGAAAAUCAAAUUGUUCAAGAAGACAUUUUAAACGAUACGAUCAAAAACAGUAAAAGCAAUGAAAAAUCUAAGCUCAAUAAAUCAAAGAGCUAUGAGAAAUCUUGUUCUAAAAAAUCGUCUGCUGCUAAAUCUUUCCCUACGAAAUCAUUAGACACGACGAAGAACAGGAAUAAACGUUUAGAUGAACUAAAUAAAAAACUUAGCAGAUUGUCAGAAAUAAGACAGGAGUACGAAAAUCUGAUAGAAGCACUGGCAAAAACGGCGAUUGAAGAAGUAUUUCUUUUUGGAGCCUGCAUUGAACAGAUCCCUCAAGGGGACAAUUUAGACAAUACGACUGAACACAAUGAAAACGACGAAAAAUCGAGGGAUUUUCAAAAGAAAAAAAAGAAAAAGUGGCAGAAGCAUCAGAAGACUGACAUACCAUCAUUUAAAUCUGCGGACGCUUCAGCGAAAAAUUUGGAUGCACAAAAAUCUACAGAUUCAACGACUAAUAUUCAUUGUACUACAUUAAAUUCAUCUACAUCAGACAAUCAAUCAAAUAUUACGAACGAGAAAUAUACGGGCUCCAAGGAUCCUCUGGAUUGCAUGGACUGGUUAUUUACACAAAUGGCUGAGGAUGGAUUAUCGCUGCGGGAACCCAAGAUUUCAGAACGACCAAAAUUUUUACAAACUGAUAUUAUGGAGAAGCAGCCCAAAUCUUCGAAUAUCGACGAUUCUUACAAAUCUGAUAAGAAAUCAUUCCAAUCUCUACCGAGGCAUCAUGAUUUGAAGACAUUCACUCAGCAAGCUUCACCAAAAUCUUCCCCCAUGGAACAAUUGAACGCGAUAAAGAACAGGAAUAAACGUUUUCACGAAUUAUAUGAAAAGUUUGAACAAUUGUCAGAAAUGAGAAGGAAGAAUGCAGAUGCAGAUUCAGAGGAGCAAGUAAAAGCAAUAUUUGAGGAAACGUUGCUUUCUCGAGAUCGUACUGAACAAAUGCCUAGAGAACUCAAUUUAAACAAUACGACCGAAAGCAAUGAAAACGACGAAGGAUCGAAUGAUUAUCAAAAUAAAGAUAAAGAAAUGCGUCCCAAGAUAGAUGAGGAGUCAUUUAUAUCUGCAAACGCUCCAGUGGCAAAAGAAUCCCAAUCCUCGCAAGAACGUGUUAAGAAGAUUGAAAGUGACAGUAAAUCGAAAAAUGAGGAAUCCAUGGAAUUAUCUCGCGCAGAAUUUUCUUUUGCCGGAUCACGGAACGUUUAUUCCGAUCGUUUUCAAGAAUACUUACAGAAUAUUCACAGUUUUAAUGAAUGGUAUAACGAGGAAUUGGACGUGAUGAGAAAAGGAAUAAAAGAUUUUGGCGUGCUAAAUUUGGAAACGUCACUUAUAAACGAAACGUAUCAUAAAUUAAUAGCUAUGCGAGCAAGUGAAAAAAUUAAGAAACAAUUUCUCUAUGAAGUUUGUAUGAAGGAAAUUAUUCAAGAAGACAAUUUAAACAGUACAUCUGAAAACAGCGAAAGCAACAAAAAAUCGAAGGAUAAUAAAGGCAAAAAUUAUGAGGAAUCAGCUGUGGAUUCGUCUCCUCCAAAAUCUUCCACCGCCGAACAAUUGAACGCGAUAGAGAACGAGAAUAAACGUCUCCACGAACUAUAUGAAAAAUUUGAACAAUUGUCAGAAGUGAGAAAAAGAUAUGAUGAUCUCGUAGAGACACAUGCCAAAGCAAUUGUCGAUAUAUUUUUCUUUGAAAACAGUACGAGCGACGAAAAAUCGGAGGACGAUAAAUCGGAAACUUCUAAUCAAUUAUACUCUAUAGAGUCGUUACCUGCAGAAUCUUUCUCUAUGGAACCGGCAAAUAUGCGAGCAAGUGUAAAAAUUAAGAAACAAUUUCUUUAUGAAAUUUACAUGAAUCAGAUUAUUCAAGAGGACAAUUUAAACAGUACAGCUGAAAAUAGUGAAAGUAACGAAAAAUUAAAGGACAAUAAAUCAGAAAACUGUAAGGAAUCGUACUCUACAGAAUCGUCUCCUUCAGAACCUUCCUCCGCGAUGCAAUUAAACACAAUAAAGAAAAGAAAUAAACGUCUUCAUGAACUAUAUGAACUAUUUGAACAAUUAUCAAAAAUAAGAAUUAUUUUCGAUAAUAUAACAGAGAGAGAAGUAAAAGCGAGAAUUGAGAGAAUACUUCCGUUUGAAGCUCGUACUGAGCAAAUUUCUCAAAAAGACAAUUUAUAUAGUACGACCGAAAACAGUAAAAAUGAGGAAAAAUCUAAGAAUUAUCAAAAUGGAGAAAAAGAAAAUUGUCACAUGGAUCAGAAAAUUGAUGAGAAACCGUCAUUUAGAUCUACGGACGCUGCAGUGGCAAAAGAAUCCCAAUCAUCGCAAAAAUCUCAGCCCUUAGAGAUAAAAGAAGAUGCGAUUCUCAUGAGUGAAAAAGUUGCAAGAAAAAAUGAUUUAAACAGUAUGGAUGAAAACAAAGAUAACAAAAAACCAUUGGACUAUCAAAGUACAAAAAAUAAAAUUUGUCCUUUCGUUCCAAGAAAGGUUCCGUUCCUUUGUCUGCCAAAAAGCAAUAAUAAUGACAAUCAUAAGGACAAUAAUACUUCCAUUGUUGGCGAAUGGACAAAAGAUUUUCUCGAUUUAAAUAAAAUUGUACAAUUCUUGACCGAGUAUCAUCAGCAAAAUUCACCUCUUUUAAAAGUAGUAGCAUUCAUCGAUGCUAGGAGCGACUGCGACAAAUCGUACACAGUGGACAUUAUAAGAAACAGUUUGCGCAGAAGAAAAAUAAAUGAGAAUUUCCCAUUAGCUUUGUAUCCGGAAUUUAUUAUUCUGAAGAACUUGGGAGUCAAGCAUUAUAAUAUAAAGUUUACGGAAUGUAUCAUAAACUUUAUAAAAAGGUUUCAAAAAUCAAACAGCGAUAACCGAUUUACCAUAAUUACGAAUUUCAAAGUCGAACACAAGGCUUACAAUUUCACGCCUAGUAUAGAUUUACAUCGAACUAUAAACACAGUAAAAGAUGCUUUCAUCAAAGCAAAUAUUAAUAUCAAAGUUAUUCCUUACAAACCUUUAAACAAAGAAACUUUAGAAGAAUAUAUUUCAAAUACGGAGGAAGAUAUCAGACUUCCCAAAAACAAGAGUGAUAUUAUUAAAAGACGUUUAAUAGAAAAUACUCGUAGGAAGAUUAGCAACACUAAAAGUUGUGAUCCGUUGAAUAUCAAGGGCCUCGCUGUAGGAAGGAACAAAUCCCGGAGCUUCCGGACUACUCCCAAUAGCAAUGAUUUCGGUAAUGAAUCAAUGACAGUUACCAUUGUCAUUAUCCUCAAUUCAGACUAA